UUUUUCCUUGUGGCGCACGUCAUCCGUCCGCUGUUGGUUCGUUCGCUGAUAUUUACACGGUACGGGCUGUGUUCUCCUUUGCCGGCAUUUAGCCAUACUGCCGGCCGGAGCACGUUCACAGAAUCGAGCAACGUAACACCAAUAACAACGCAUCGGUGCGGUGCGAUGUCGAUUGUACUUCCUAAGUGGAUGCACCAAGUGAUGUUCGGUGUUAUCAUGUUUAUUUAUGAGGCCACAUAAUAGCCAAGUGUUAAUGUGGAAAUUAGGGAAGCUUCGGCAGCGUAAACAGUUUGUUUAUCGCCGGCAGUUUAGAAAAGUUAACUGAAAAAAAAAUAGUUAAGGCCGAGAGAGAGAGUGAACAAGUACCUAUACUAUACCGAUGCUUGGUUGCCUCUUGCCUGUAGUGUUUGAGCUUGAGAGAUUCAGUAGGAGAGUCGUGAAGAGCGAUUGCACCCCGAUCCCAAAAAGGGAUCGCCCGAUCGUUGGACAUGAAAAAUAAACUAGUCGUUUUUGUCGGAUGCUGCGGCUGCUGCUGACCGGUCACAAGAGAGCGCAAAACGGUUCAUUCAACGUUCGAUCGCGGUUGACGUGAGUUUCCGAACCUACGCAGUUCUCUACCGCACGCUAAAGUGGGAAAUAAGAGUGAGCAGCUAGAAGAUAUCGGGCAGUACGAGUAACUUGAAAGAUUCUUUUUUGUUGCUGCCUAAAUCUGCAUGGUUAUGCGCGAGUGCUUUCUGAUAUACAGCUUGGAUUUAUUUUAGUGAUUUUCAUUCUCGUUUCUAACGCGCGAAUAUGCGCGAGUGAGAAGCCGGACGGAUCGCCUGUGUUGUUCGGUGCUUAUUGCCAAAAAGAAAAAUAACCCGGUGUGUGAGUUUUUGUUAAUGUGGAUGCGCGGAGUUUUUUUUUGUUUCUAUCAAGGUCUCGGUCAAUUCCGCGUGUACUUUUGAUUCAAUGUGAAGGUUUUGCGGAUGGUUCAUUAACCUUGAACGUGUGCGGUGUUCGAUGGUUUCGCAGUGAAAAACCCUUCUCCCCAAGGUUGGAAAAUCCCAUCGACCUCAUUUGAUUGUUUUUUUUCCUGCAAAGUGGUUGAAAACUGUGGUGAAUCAUUUUUCUAAGUAGUGAAUGUUUGAAAAUUGAAUCUGAUUUGUGAUUAGACUGUAGAUUUUGCGCUGAUUAGCAUCAAAGAAAGUUUGUUAGAAUUGUCAGGAAUUGGUGCAACUUAAUAACAAAGGGAGCAAAGCUGAACAAACAAGACUUCCCACGAUGACAACUGCAGAGUAAGGACAGUUCUCGAGAAAAUUGGAAAUUUAAGCAAGAGACAUCUUGAAACGAGACACUCCUGCAGGCUGCACAGCUCCACCUUCCACAGCUGCUGGCUUACACACGACCCCUGACGAACGGCGGAAGAAAAAGAUUGAUUGUGAGGCUGAUUGCGCGAUUCCAUCACGACGACGACGGCACUGUGCUGCGCCGACUACCAGCUUGCCUGCAUUUGAACCGCGCACCACGCGCGUCCUGUCCCCGUUGCUGUUGGUUGGACCACGGUGCAGCUUGAUGAGGCCUGCUGGCAGUACAUAACAACGAAAAAGAACCGCCAUUCUCGACAGCCGCUACCCGCUGCCUAACACCGAUCACAAUGACGACGUCACUCGGGAUGACGUCAAAUCCGACGCACCGGACGCUACUGUUCCUGACGGUAUCGUUCCUUCUGCUGAUACCAGCCAAUUCUUUCACAUCCACCACCUUCCUGCCGGCCGCCGCACCGGCAACGUUCAGUUGCCCCCGUGGAUGCGAAUGCAGUGACAGUUCCGUCACCUGCACCAGCGUGUCCGGCCUGCGGAGCAUCGACAAAAGUCUACCGAUCAAUCGGCUAGUGCUGUCCGGACUGGAGUUGACCAAAAUUCCCGCCCAGUUGGAGAACAUUCGCAACAUCACCGAGCUGGAUCUGUCCAACAAUCACCUCUCGGAGGUCAAUCACCUCGGAAAACGGAUACGCAAGCUGAAUCUGAGUCAAAAUAAGAUCACUUCCGGGAAGUUGGCCAAGGUGCCGUCGUUUGUGGAAUCGCUGAAUUUGACGCACAAUGAAAUCACCUACCUGCCGCUGCAUUUGAUGAAGCUGAAAAAGCUGCGGUAUAUUGAGUUGGCCAACAAUCCGAUUAAUUGUACGUGUGAAACGUUGCACAUUCGCAACUGGUUAACGACCCGGCACGUUUGGUCCGAUCAGCACAUUAAAUGUAGCGCUCCGCAGGAGUUUAAGGGACGGCCUUGGUUGCAGGUGAAGCAAGCGGAUGUCUGCCAUGGGGCGGUCGGACGAACGGGUGGUUACAACUGGGAUGAUUAUGAGGAUGAAAACGAUUUGAUGCUGGGAGAUCAGGCUAAUUUGGAUGAUGGGGAAGAGAAUGACGAGGAGGACGACGAUGUGGAUGAGUUUGAUAAGGAAUAUUUCCCGGUUGCAAAGCCGGUGAAGGCGAAGGAUCCUCCGAUUGAGAUUCAGAACGAUGAGGAGCUGGCCGAUGAUGGUGGUGGUUCGGGUGAUGGAGCUCCUACGGAGCUUGGUGAGGAAGAGAAGUCCGAGGCAGAAAAAGUGGUUGAUGUUGAGAAGUCCGAGGGAUCGGAGGAGGAGAAAAAUGAAACAGCAGCACCGGUGGUGCGAGUGGGUCAAAUUCAGAAUGCAGUGGAAGGUGGAGAUAAUGAUGACGACGGAAGUGGAAGUGGGGGUGGAGUUCUGAUUGCUGUUGAGGAUACAUCCGCAGGCUUGGGAACGGAUGAUGGUUUUGAGGAGGGUGAGGAUGAAAAAGAUGCUAGCGAGGAGGGACCGAUAUCUUCACCCGGUGGUUUGGGAAUAUUUGGUAAGGGUUUGGAGGAUGAUACGACCACUUCAUCGACGACGGAGUCCGCUGUAGCAGCGGUGGUUCCUAUGUUAGGAUCAAUUGAAACAGCCGGAGAUGUGACUAGUGAUACGGAAACUACUUCUGCCGAAGAAGAACAGCAUCUUUCUGAGGAUCCAAAUCGUGCCAGUUCGGACAGCCAAGGAACGUAUGUUUUGCUGGCCAUCUUGGCAAUAAUUCUUGUAUCUCUAAUUCUGCUAGUUAUGUGCAAACAAAAACCGGAUGCACGCAACCGUCGGGAUAAGAAUGAUGUGGAAACUGGAAAUGGACGUGAAAUGCAAGAUAUGGACAAAAAUCUACUGGGAAAACCGGUUGAGAAAAAUGGUCAUAAUCCACCGGAGCGAGUUCCACUGAUGAAUGACAAAUCCGAUCAUGACAAAGUGUUCAGCGACAAACCAAACAAUUAUGCUCCUGCUAAACCGGAACGGACAUCCUUGGAGAAACCGACGAUGGAAUCUUUCAAACCUGUCCCUGCCGAUCGGAACAAGAGCAAGGAAAGUCUGUACGAAAACAUACCACAAAACAACAACAAUAACGACACCGUUCCGAUGCAGAACGGCAACGGACCGGUUGCACCGGUGAGCAACGGAGACCCGGCCGGAGUGCAUCUGCCUAACCACAACAAUGUGCCAUCACAGAACGACGAAGUGUUCCUACCGCCGAACGGCAACCCUAACUAUCUGCAAACGGAACCGCCCGCAGGCACGGUCGAAUCACCCCGAUCCAAACGUUACAGUCCCAUCUACGUGCCCACAUCGCCCAAGUCGGACCGCUACAGUCCGGUCUACUCGCCGGAAACCGGCCGCGUCAAAAUCAAACUAACCGAAACGCCCAAACCGAAAACUCCGAUUUUGGUCACUCGAAGUCGAUCGAGAGCUGGAGACUACAUUACAACACCGGACCAGAAGUUCUGAUUCCGGCGCUGCAACACACAACGACGGUGCAGGCUGCGGAUUUUACUGCCGCAGCAACCUUCCUAGCGAGUCGCGCACGUCACGGGUUCGGUGACGUGCACGAACAUAUCUAAUCCGGACGAUCAGUCUGUAUUUUUAAUUCGAAGCUAAUAUCGCCGUUAUCGGACAGACGGUGCGAGGCCACACCGGGCCUCGCUCGGUCGCCCCGAUAAGCGCUAAAAGAGUAAAUCGAGUCAAUUUUUGUGUAUAGAAGAUAAACAACAUCUGUUUGGAAACGAGAGCUUUUGCCUAGAUAAAACCCGUUCGUUAUCUAGCUGAUCACGUGCGCUCAAAAUAGGAACUUUCGUAGGUAGGAAGAUCGCUGGGCUGAAUAGGGAAUUUACGUUAAGUUCUACAUCGUGAACAAAUGAAUUGAAAUAAAAAAAGUAACUUCUUUUUUGGAAAUUUAAGCAAUCAUUCAAGAAAUCGCACAAACAAACCAUUAAAUAACUGUUAGAAUACUUGUACACUGAAUAACGAGGAGUGUCAUAAGAAGAAAACUGCACGUGUAAAGCAAAAGUGUAACAGACCAAACCCUGCUGAACAAACGGAAGUAAAAUUGUGAUAGUCAGCCGAAUAUUAUAAAACCUUCUGAUAGCAGAAUGAAGUCCAACCGUCGAAAGCAGAACUGUGUAAAAAAACUAUCCUUCUACCCAAAAACAGAAAAGACCGUUUCACGUUAAGGUUUCUAGAAUGUAAAUAUUAUGAAAAAUGGCCGGAGAAAGAACGAGUAAAACCAACAAGAAGCAAUCCUUCCAAACCACUGCGUGUGUCCCAUAUUCAAUCAUGCCCUGUCCUAAUCUAAGCUACGUCAGAAUAUACGUACAUACUUUGGAAACGAAGUAGCAACAAUCAUGUUCUAACUAGUUGGUGUUAGAUUCUACAGUCAGUGGUGAUUCGAACAGUGUCAAUAUCGUUAACAUAUUUUCCCAACCUAACUAGGAAAGUAAAUUUAGUUAUUUGUGUCGCAACACCACAUUUGCGAUUGAAAUCGAUUCUUCCUUUUCGCGUAAAAAGUAAACUGUCUAGGUUAAACUAUUAUACUAUACUGUAGAGAUUAAACAAAAUGGCUGCCUUAUGUGGAAUUUAGAGAGAAAUUUUUCGAAGCAACAGGAAAGCAAUUAACAAUUAUGGUAUCAGCAAAAAGAAGAAGAAAAAACAAAAACGACGGCCGGUGCAGCAAGGCCCAACAACAAAGUGCCCCAGCAAAGAAAAAGAACAUCCAAAAAACAAUCGUAAGCAAAUUAAUGUGCAACAAAAAUUUAAAGAUUGUUAAGUUUUAAUAAUUUAACGGAGGAAAAAGCUACGUGUAUGUAUUUAAAUCUAAAAUAAAUUAUAUUAGUCGUUUACA